AUGGAGAAGAGACAAUGGAACGAAGAGGGAGGAUGGGGAGCAAGUCUGGACUGGCGGAAAGACGAGGACGGAGCUCGAGGCGGAAGCUACGCAAGUCAGUGCCUGCCUGUCUCAGGCGGUGAGACCCGCCCAGCGCUCCACGCCUUCGACCGGACGGUACUCCAAUUCUGCUUCUCCAGGGUUGCCAUUGCGAGGCUCUGA